UCAUUGAUAGCCUGUGACGCUUGUACAUCGUCGUACAAUCGCAAAGCACCCAUCUUCCCAACGCAGCUACUAUACCAUGGGCAGACUGUUUUGCGGGGAUAACUCAGCGACCGCAGUAUAGACCUUGCUUCCACUGCGACUGGAGACAGUGUACCGGAGGACGACGGAUGCGUCGAAGAUACUCUGACUGGCAGCAGGCUUGACCAUGUUACAGAGUGCGAACUUCUCGAUCGCUCCAUCCUUGAGAUAUAUCGGGAGCAGCCUUCUCCACGAACAAACCCGAUCCAGACACGUGCAUUCAAGGCUCUCCCAUGCAGCGAGCCUCGCCCUCCCCUCCCAUCGCAUGUCCCUCCCAAACCCAAAUUCCAUCCCCAUCGCAACGCCGCCGAACUUACCCGGCCAGGCCUCAUAUCCGCUCCCAUUAAUGCCAUUAAUGCGCCUGAUAUUUCCCCAGCGUCGUGGCCCACGCCCGUUCAUGCGCAUUGUCGUGUGCGCGCACCCGGUAUUAGCGGCGCUGCGCGGCUUGGCUAGCCUUGAAACAGGGAGAACAGCCCGCACUUCGCGCGAGGCCACAGGGUGGGGACCGGUUGACUCGGCUGCAUCGGCUGACGUGCAUACGCGCAACGCGCCGGGGGAGGGCGGCCAAUGGGAUCAUUUGAAGAUUUUUUUUCAUGGGAGAAGAAAGGGAGGGUUGGGGAGAUGGGGAUUGGGAAGAUGAGUUUUUGUGGGGAGGUGAUGGGAUGAAGGUGGUGACAGGAUGGUAAUUUGGGUGUGAAGAAAAAUUCCCAGGGUCGGUCGGUCCUGAAGGAUGGGGACUGCGCUCCUGUCGAUUUGCAGACCGGAUGUAAGCUGCUCAGCCAGCGGCCAUCUGAAUACCCGUGUAAAGUGCUUCAGAAUAAUU